GAAACCGCGCUAGCCGCUAGAGUUGUCAAAUUUCAAAACAAAAACAAGUAAACGUAAAAAUUUUUUAGUAAAAAAAUGUUUCUCUGCUUUUUAAAUUUUUAAAAGUCAUGAAUAGAUUUCUAAGAAAAAGGAUUCAGACUUUAGCCGUUGUGUUACUAGCUUUUAUUUUAGGAUGUACUUUUACAAUAGGAAUGAUGCCAAUAGAUCGAACAUGUAACAUUGACAAUUCUGAUAAAGAAUUCAACAUAAUGAAAAAUUCUAAAUUUAAAAAUCCAGAUAUUAUUAUUUUAAUUCUCUCCGCACCGAAGAAUUAUGAAAAAAGAAGUAUUGUGAGGGACACUUGGUUAAAAUUGAAAUCUAAGUUGAAUGAGGAGAAUACAUUCAAAGUAAAGCAUUUUUUCGUUAUAGGAAAUUUGUUCUUACCAAAAGAAGAAAGUUCAAAAAUUUCUUCGGAACAGCUUCAACACAGUGAUAUUUUAACGUUGCCUGUUGUAGAUUCUUAUAAGAAUCUAACAGAUAAAAUUAAGUAUAGUUUUCAGUGGCUUGAUACUCAAUAUGAUUAUGGAUUAGGAUUUAAAUAUGUUUUAAAAUGUGAUGACGAUAGUUUUGUUAAUUUAGAUAAGUUGGUAGUGGAACUAAUGAAGAUUGAGAGCAAAUAUUUAAAAAGAAUAUACGAUAAAAAUACUGAAGAAUAUAUAAUUUCAAUAAAUUAUCAGCAAGGUGGUAGGAGUGAAGAUCUUAAUUUGUAUUGGGGUUACUUCAAUGGAAACGCUCGAAUAAAAAAUAAAGGAAAAUGGAAGGAAACUAACUGGAUUGUAUCUGACAGAUAUGUGCCAUAUGCCUUAGGAGGUGGAUAUAUUCUUUCAAAAGGAUUAAUAUCAUAUAUCUCCAGGAAUAUGAAAGAAUUAAAGUCCUUUAAUUCAGAAGAUGUAAGUGUGGGCCUAUGGUUAUCUCCAGUAAAUAACAUUGUCAGAAUUCAUGAUAUCAGAUUUGACACAGAAUGGACUUCUAGAGGAUGUAAAAAUUAUCACCUUAUUACUCAUAAUGUAACACCUGCAGAAAUGAAAAGCUUUUUUGAAAAUUUGGUAAAAACUAGCAAAAUGUGUAGACAGGAAACAACAAAAAGAGUUCAUUACAUGUAUGAUUGGAAUGUGCCUCCAAGCCAGUGUUGUAAACCUAUUAAUGAAUUGAAAAUAUUAUUGUGAACGAUGAGAAAGAUAUAUGGUAGUAUGUGCAAGAAUCAAGGUUUACUGAAAAUCUGUUCGAGUUAAAUGGAUUAGAUAAAUAGUUGUUGGAUUAAACAAAUUUUAAAAUACUAAAAUAUUGUAUUAGUAAACCCAUUUGUGAAGGUAGGAAUUGAUAUAAGUACAUACUAGAUUUAAAAAAUUGUAAAUUUGAUAAUUGAAGAAUAUUGUAGUUUUUCGUCUACCAGAACAUGUCAAGUCAAAACAUAAUAUAAAACACAUUGUCUGUUUUAUAUUCAGACAACUUGCUUGCCCUUGCAAGAGUGCCCCACCCGUGAGCCGGGGUUCACACUGCACUUAAUGGCAAUUUAAAUAGCUAUGGUCCAUGAGGACCGAAAUUAAAACCCCCUUAGUAACGAACGGGUUAAUAUAUCUUUAUGAAAUUUCCUUUUUCCAGUCUGUUAAUAUUUUCCACUACUUUUUUAUGUCCAGUUAUUUAUCUCCUCAACUUUACAUUCUUAUAAUUUGCUUUUUGCUCUACCUAGAAGUCUCUCUUCAGUAUUCCACAAAGUAUAUUCAUUUUGAUUAUUUUUACUUAGUACUCUUGGUUUUUGAUAUUUCUGGAUAUCUCUUGGAGGUUCUGGAUUUAGUCUGAAUGUUAAUGGUUUUGUUUCACUAUAUUUAAUUGUUUAGUCAUCUAUAGAGGCUUAUAAAGACAUGAUAUAUAAAGUCUAAAUAUCAGCACUAUACGAAGUAUAAGUUGGAAAACUAAGGCGAUGGAUAGGAAGGAAUGGAAGCUGAUUCUAGAACAGGCCAAGACCCACAUGGGUUGUAGAGCCAAUGACAGUGGCGGAUCUAGAUAUUUGCCUUGGGAGGGGAAAUUUGACUUAGAGAGAACUUCCAAUGAAACACCAAUCAAAAGACGUAAAAAGAAACCCAAACUACACAAAAGACAUAAAUAAUAACUUGUAUGCAGUAAGUUCCCUUAAUUUUCCUAACUAGCGUGUUUAUUGGGUGGAAUUUGUGUGUCUGUGGUUUAAGUUUCAUAUCAGCUAAUAUAUUUUUAUGUUUCAACAAUGUUUUUCUUUAAUUUUGGACCUUGUUAAAGGGGGGGAUUUCCCCAGCCCGUAGAUCCGCCACUGGCCAAUGAUGAUGGUCUGUUCUAUACCUAAAAAUUUUAAUUUCAUUUUAAAACUUACAUCUCAGAGGUGUAUUCGAUGUUGAAAUAUUUGGCUGUUCUAUUAAAUUAAUGAGACAGUGAUUGUAUAUAGAUAAAUGUAUAUGUAUUAUUACAUGUAUAAUAAAUGUACACCUGGUUCCAAAAAAAACUGAUACGACUCUUGACGCGUAUUUUCUAGAAAAUUGAGCAGUGUAUUUUGAAGGAUAAAUACUUAAUAUUUACAUACUGUCAAUGUCACUGCCAAAUCUUAAUAUUUGUCAGAUAGCUUAUUCUCUUCCACGGUUAUUAGACUUUAUUAUUAAUCUUUAUUAUUAAUACUUUCUCCGCAACUGAGGGUAUCUUAUCAACUGUAUUGUUUUUAAACAAUAGAUGAUAAAAUAAAAAUAUUGACAGUUCAAAAAUGUGAACAUUAUUGCAUUGUGUGUGGCCUAAGUUUGGGCUGAAAACUGAAAUGUAUUACAUUUUUACAAAAUUUUGGAAUAUGUUUAAUUACGUAGACCAAUUUUAACAGUUGUUUUCAAUACAGAUUUGAAUCAUCUACAAAUAGAUUCUAAUGUCUUUUGAUGUCAAAUAAUUAGGGAAGCUGGAAUUCAACAGUUUAGAAUUUUACAUUGAGUUAAUGCAAAAUUGUGACGCAUGUCAAAAUUCUCAAUGUAUUUUACUUGUAUUCAUUUUUUUUCGAAUCCUGAGAAAGCUAAUAAAUAUUUUUGAAAAAUUUAAACUCAGAAUGGAAGACUACAUUAUUACCGAGGGCUGAAAGUCCCUGAAAACUUCUAUAAUAUUUAUUUUGAUAAGUUACAGGGCUGAAAAUAAAAAAAAGUGUGAUAUUUAAUUUCAAAUAUUUCAUUCAAUAGAAACUGCUUGUUUAUUCUAAGGGGCUUUCCGCCCUCUGUAAUAAUGUAAUCUUUCAUCCUGCGUUUAAAUUUUUCUAAAAUACUUAUUAGUUUUUUCAUGAAUCAGUUGUUUGUUUUUGUUUAUUUUAUUAUUCGUCUGUCAUAAUAAAUAUAAUGUCAGAUCAAUCAAAUACACUGCUCAACAUGAUGAAAUCUUACUAAGAGUCGUAUCAGUUUUUUUAGGAACCGGCUGUACAUGUAUAUUUAUACAUGUCAUAAAAAAUGUUAACCUCAUUUUCCCCAUCUUAUAUUCAUUAGAUAUUGUUGUUUAGAUUUGGUUUGUUGUAUAUAGGAAGUUUGUUUAGUAGUAAAUGGUUGACUUCAAUUAGUGCGGUCGUAAAUAUUAUUAAAUUCAUCUAACUUGUCCCAUUGUUAAGACCGGUCCGGAGCAAUAAGCAAACGAGGUAGACAGAUUUGGUCUUUUGACAAUUAACACUGACUAGACAGUACUCCUUUAAUAAAGCAAAGGAUCCACAAAAUUUACAAUAAUUACGACGACAAAAACAAAUAAAAAAAAGAAUGUGUGUAGGUACUUUGUACGCACGUAAGAAGUUAUACUUCUAUUAUAUAAUUUCAACGAAAUAAAUAUACUUAACGGUUACCUACAAUACCAAAAAUUAACAAUAAUUACCAAAAAUUAACCAAAACUUAACAAUACCAAAAAAAAAUGAAUAUGAAUCGUCCGGGAUUUGAACCCGCGAUCUCUGGUCCAAUGAUAUACCAACCAAGCUAUCAAGCCCCGUGCUAUUGACGUGUCGAAUAUAAUUACACAUCACGGUGACAAUAGAUCAAAGUGAAGUAUAAAAAUAGAUAUUUUAUUAUCUUACGCCCGAGGAAGACAAAUCCAAAGACACAAAAAUUAUAAUAAAUAAUACAUUUACUAAGAACACUAAUAUAUUUUUUUAAUGACUUAUUUGCGCUGAUACAUACAUAAUUUGAAAGAUUAGCAACGAACUACAUACUGUCUGUCUGCGCAUGCGCCAGGGAAUUAUAAAAUUUCACCCUCGAUCGUAAAGAAGUAUAACUUCAAAAACGGAUAAAAAAUAUAUUGCUUUGCCUUAUAUAAGCCUUAUCUAUAUUAAUGAAAUUAUAAUGAGUUUGGAUUGUACGCAAUUAAAUCAACAUUAAGAAAUGAAGAUUGACAAAUUUUACCAGGAAACAUAUUUAAAUUUUACCCGAAACCGGGUCUUUUAUACUAUUUUCGGUUAGCCCAGGAUGUUUAUAGUCGGUACUAAGAAGUCAACCAUUUACUCCUAAACAAACUUUAGAUAUAAAUACUUAUACUCUGCGUUUCAAACGUUAGAAUCAGUAUUCCACAGCAGUUAACAGCGAUAAUCAUAGGCGUAACUAGGGGGCGGUUUUGGGGGUUAUAACCCCUUCCCAUUUGGAUGCACUUUGAGCUCUAUACGUUUAACACUAUUACUAUUUCAUACCCCCCAGAGACCAUCAAGUAGUUAUGUAACCCCCCUUAGGAUCAUCCUGGUUACACCUCUGGCGAUAAUCCUCUUAAAGUACCUGCCUAAUACUAUCUUUCACAGCCAUGAAGAACGGCAACGUUGUCAAGAAAAUUAUAAUAUACAUCUAUGAUCUCUUUGCCAUGGGCCUUCUAAGCCUGGAGAACUAAAUUAUAUGUAGGAUCUCUUUAAAAUGUGUAAGGCCUAGAACAUUCCAAAAAAUUGUUUUUUUUUGUAGGAAAAAAAUAUAUAAAGAAAAUGAAUAAGA